CGCAUAGUACCGCUGUGUGUCACUACUGUAGCUCGUACUGAUCCCCGUUCAUCCCGCUCCGUGAGUCAAGCGUGCUCGGCUGCGACAUGACCACAGCUCCGCAGACCUGGACAUUCAAAGAUGGAGCAGUUUAAAGCGUUCAUUUCGGUGCUUUGGAUAUUAUUGCUCAACAGAAACAAGGAGUCGUGCGCAGAAGAAGUUGUCUUGCUGAAUUCUAAGGAGUCCCAGGCAGAGCUGGGUUGGACCUCAUUUCCUUCUAAUGGGUGGGAGGAAAUCAGUGGCGUUGAUGAGAAAUACAAGCCCAUUCGCACAUACCAGGUGUGCAACGUGAUGGAGCCCAGUCAGAACAACUGGCUCCAGACGGGCUGGAUCUGGCGGCAGGGCGGCCAGCGGAUCUUCAUCGAGCUGCAGUUCACCUUGCGCGACUGCAACAGCAUCCCCGGUGUGUCCGGCAGCUGCAAAGAGACGUUCAACCUCCUCUACGCCGAAUCCGACUGGGACCUGGGGCGCGUGGCCCGCGAGGACCGCUACAGCAAAAUCGACACUAUUGCGGCAGACGAAAGUUUCACGCAGGGCGAUUUAGGCGAACGUAAAAUGAAGCUCAACACCGAAGUCCGCGAGAUCGGACACCUCAAUCGUAAGGGAUUCCAUCUGGCCUUCCAGGACGUUGGAGCGUGCGUGGCGCUGGUUUCCGUGAGAGUUUACUACAAACGCUGUUUGUCGACCGUGCAGAACUUGGCUGUGUUUCCGGAUACGGUAGCCGAAGCGGCGUUCUCCACGUUGGUGGAGGUGAGAGGGACCUGCGUGAAUAACUCUGAGGUGGACACGGACAGUCCUCCCAGAAUGCAUUGCAGCGCGGAGGGGGAGUGGUUGGUGCCCAUUGGCAAAUGCAGCUGUAGCGCGGGAUACGAAGAAGGACACAGCAGCUGUGAGGCCUGUCCUCCGGGUACCUAUAAGAUGUCAUCACGGCAGCAAGAGUGUUUUUCGUGUCCGGCUAACAGCAAGGCUGAAGAGGAGGGCAGUGUGCUGUGUGUGUGUGAGGAAGACCACUUUAGGACUCCGCUUGACCCCCCAUCGGCCCCCUGCACACGCCCACCCUCUCCACCCCGAGAUCUGGUUUACACCCUCAAACAGUCCACGCUGAUCCUGGAAUGGUCCGCGCCAAAUGACUCCGGAGGUCGGGGGGAUCUUACAUACAGCAUAGGUUGUCGGCGAUGUGUCGGCCCUCCGCGGGCACCGCAGGUGCAGUGCGAGCCCUGCGGGGCCAGCGUGGGCUUUGUACCGCAGCAGAGCGGCCUGACGGAGCGCACGGUCACCGUGGUGAACCUGCUGCCGAACUCCAACUACUCUUUCGGCGUGGAAGCCCGCAAUGGCGUCUCAGAAUUGCUUCCCAAUAAAAGGUUCUACACCCAGGUCAAUGUCUCCACCAGCCUUCCAGCACCUUCUCAAGUGGGCGAGCUCCGGGCAGAGAAGGUUGAGCAGCGCAGUGUGACUUUGGUUUGGAGGGAACCCAUUGCAUAUACCAACGGCAGUCGCACAGAGUAUGAAAUCAAAUACUAUGAAAAGGACCAAAAAGACCAGAGUUAUUCCACAGUAAAGACGGCCGCCACUAGAAUCGGCGUCAACAACCUAAAACCGGGCACCACUUACGUCUUCCUCAUCCGCACUUGUUCCAGCCCAGCACUUUCCUCUCUGUCCUCACCUCCUCUUUCAUCAUCUUCCUCUUCCUCAUCGUCCUCUUCUCCGGCCACCGCCUCUUCAUCCAGCCCUGUGGCGGCCGUGUCUCCCCCUCCCCUUGACUACGGGGCGUACAGCAAUCCACUGGAGCUGCAGACGCUAGGCGAAUUGGCGUUGGCCUCCAGUGAGCAGAGUCCCGUGGUGAUCAUCAUAGUGGUCUCGGUAGCCGCUCUUAUCAUGUUGCUUACUCUCGGAAUCGGACUGCUGAUAUGGAGAAGUGGCUUCUCCAGACCCUCCAACGUAGCUCCUGCACGUGUGGUGCUGCUCUCUACCUCCUUCUCUACUCUUCCUCCACCUCACCCUCCCUCCACGCAGCUGUCUCCCAGACAGUGUGGAUACAGUAAGGCCAGCCAGGAAGGAGACGAUGAGCUUUACUUCCAAUUUAAAAUCCCAACCAGAAGGACUUACAUUGACCCAGAAACGUGUGAAGAUCUGCUCCAGGCUGUCCAUGCCUUUGCCAAAGAGCUGGACAUUUCCAGCAUUAAGAUAGAGAGGAUAGUCCAUACAGGAGACUUUGGUGAGGUCUGCUGGGGUUGCCUGAAACUGCCCAGCAAGCGCGAGUUGCCCGUGGCCAUUAAGACGCUUCGGGCUGGCUGCUCGGAAAAACAGAGACGGUCGUUCCUCAGCGAGGCGGGAAUUCUGGGACAGUUCGAUCACGCUAACAUUGUUCGUCUGGAGGGAGUCAUCACCCGAGGUAACACUAUGAUGAUUGUGGUGGAGAGUUUGACCAAUGGGGCGCUGGACUCUUUCCUGCGGCAACAUGAAGGACAGCUGACUGUUCUUCAGCUGGUGGAUCUGUUGAGCGGAGUGGCGUCUGGAAUGAAGUAUCUCACAGAGAUGGGCUUCAUCCAUCGCCGGCUGGCCGCUCACAAGGUCCUGGUGAACGGCAACCUGGUCUGCAAAGUGUCGGGCUUCAGACCUCUCCAGGAUGACAAGAUAGAGGCCGUCUACAGCACGCUGCACGGAGGGAAGAGUUUGGUGCUGUGGACGGCCCCUGAGGCCAUUCAGUACCAUCGCUAUAGCUCGGCCUCGGAUGUUUGGAGCUUUGGGAUCGUCAUGUGGGAAGUCAUGUCCUUCGGGGAGAGACCGUACUGGGACAUGGGCAACCAAGACGUAAUAAAAGCUAUAGAAGACGGCUUUCGGUUACCCGCGCCCGUGAACUGCCCGCCAUCUUUGCACCAGCUCAUGUUGGACUGUUGGCAGAAGGAGAGGACAGAGAGACCCACAUUCACACAGAUUCACAGCGCUCUCAGCAAAACCAUCAGGAGUCCGGAUAACAUCGGGUCCUCCACACUUGGGCGCAGGACUCUGGGUUCGUCUGUAUCACUAGCAGAACGAACUCUUCCCUCCUUCCCUUCGUUUAAUUCGAUCGGUGAAUGGUUGGAGGCUGUAGACAUGGGCCGCUACAAAGACAACUUCACUGCUGCUGGAUACUGUUAUCUGGAGUCUGUGGCCCGCAUGACCGUCCAGGACGUGUUGAGUCUCGGUAUCACCUCUCUGGAGCACCAGAAACAGAUUUUGUCCGCUAUACAGACUCUAAGGGCACAGGUUAUUCAGAUGCACGGUCGAGGAGUGCAGGUUUGAUACAAAUGCAUAUGCACGCCCAACUCCAGUCCAACGCCAACACCCGUAUUUAGAGAAAAGACGCUAGACGUCUAUUCUCGUGAUUAUUACCCAGAAGGCCGUUCAGCGGAGUCAGUUUUCUUCCUAAUCUUUCCUUUUUAUGUUUCUUUACCUUCUCUUUUUCCACAAACCAAGUUGAUUUCUGAUGAAACUACGUCAAAGAAAAUCCUUUUCUACAACUGUCCAUCAAUGACACACAAUUUACACACAAGCUCUGUCCUUUUAGUAGGACUCAUGCACUGAACUGAAAAGAGUCAGUCAGGUUGAGAUGCCCUCAAAACUGACCUGGGGCAGGGCAGUUUGACUUUGACUGAUCUCAGAGCAGCCUAAAAGGAUGCAGUAUAAAAGAUAGCCACUGAUCCUGCUGUACAGUGGACUGAACCUGAAGCAUCCCACCACGUCCUGGACCUUCAGCUCCUCGUAUCUGCAGGAAAUAGGUCAACUACUGUAAGAAAUCUUAAAACAGUAUAAAUCUUACCUUUUUCUGUCUCUGUCUAUUUUCUUCCAUUUGUUUUCUCCACAUAAACGGCUGUGUUUUGAACAGAA